UUAUAAUAUAUUGAAUGGAACCUGAAGAAGAAAGAGAGAAGAAGGGUGUAGCUGAUAGUCUGACAGAAAUGAUACUAGCUAAUGCAGAUCUUCCAAAAGCGGAAUUAUCAGAGGAGAUUCUUGAGAAAUAUUCAUUAAAAGACUUAAUACCAACUGAGAAGAUUUGAAAAGAGUUAUUUGAAUAUGACCAAAGAGAUAUUGAAAGCACAAGAAUGGAAUUACAGAAACGUCAAAGUACAAUGCUAAAACUUCAAGAGAAGAACAAGAAGGCGGCUAAAAAGAAAAAGAAGGAGAAGUCUUAAUUGAGAUAUUUUC